CUGACUGACAUGAACAGUCUUCAUCAUGACCAUCAUCAUCAUCUCUGUGCUCCUGCUGGUUUCUCUGGUUCCACACCUGACCUUCACUGCUCGUGUGGGUAUAGAGGACGGCACUGAAGCAAAACCUCACUCCAGACCUUACAUGGUUUCUCUUCAGAAAAACAACUGGCAUAGCUGUGGUGGAUUCCUCAUUAGUAAAGAGUUUGUCUUGACUGCUGCACAUUGCUGGAAGAAGGGUGAUGUCAUCACAGUUGUGGUUGGCGCCCAUGAUUUGAGUCAAAAUGAAAUUUACAACUCCUUUGAAGUGGAAUCCUACAUCCCGCAUCCAGACUAUAAACUGAAUUCUGAUCGGAAUGACAUCAUGCUUUUGAAGCUAAAGACAAAAGUCAGACUGAGCAACAAUGUUGGACUGAUAUCAUUACCAAAGAAAGGAGAAGAUGUUGAAGCAGAUACUCUCUGUAGUGUUGCUGGUUGGGGAAGACUGUGGAAGAAUGGCCCAAAGCCGGAUCUUCUAAUGGAGGCAAAGACAGUUAUAGUGAAUGAUGCAGAGUGUGAACGCAGAUGGGAAUCUCUUUAUAAGGCCUUAAAGAUGAUCUGUGUUUAUGGCCAUGGUGGAACCUGCAAUGGGGAUUCAGGAGGUCCUUUGGUUUGUGGAGACACUGCUGUUGGUAUCACUUCUUUCGGUGACCGUUAUCUCUGUAAUUCACGUUUGCGUCCUAAUGUGUAUACUAGGAUUUCAGCAUAUCUUCCAUGGAUCCACAACAUAACUGGGAAUGUUUAGUGACUUCACGUAAAAAGGAAGAAAUGCUUUUUCUUGAAUUCUUCCAUAAAUUUUUCAA